AUGAAGUGGUCACUUCCCCUUCUUACUGUUGCCAUAGCAACUGCAAUGAUUCCAGGAAACCUCGGACGACGUGAUCCUAAAGAUUGUCUGGAUGACGUCAUGUACAAGACAAGAUGUGAGCGUCCACGUAAAGAACUCCCUAGGCGAUUUUUCAAUACGACCUCGUGUCGAUGCGAGACAUCAAAAGAAUGUCUUAAAGGCGACAACAGAUUUAGGACGAGGACAGCAUGUCAGCGGGACUGUGGAGAAAACAGGCUAAACGGAAACGUCCGUCAGUGGUCUGACUGGUCCGAUUGUAAAGGUUCUGGAGGGGAGGAGGGUGUCCAGACCCGCAUACGGAAAUGCACCCCUAAACGGAACAAUCCAUGCGGGUGUCGUGACGUCCAACUGAGGGAGCGGCGAACCGUUCCAGUCAACGGCACAUAUUUCAACGGUGAGCGCUUCUGGAAGGACAGCGACCUGGCCGUGAUUCUGCUGUAUGAUGUUAAUGGUUUCAUAGCUGGCAUCCAGACCGCAUUUGAUAAAAACACCAGUCCGAACCCGAAUGAUUAUCCGUCACCGCAGAUGCAGAACCACCCAUUGGUAGAAGAGGGUGGAAAUUAUCAUACUACCGCAUACUUUAUUCCAUCAGACAAAAUAUGUUCUACGGGUCGAACAUUGGCCGAAUUUAACCAACAAGGUACCGGUACAGGGUUAUGGAUGCAAAACGGAACCAGACCAAGCAGCACUCUGCAGAUCCCGAUAACAAUCGAACAGGCUCGAUCCAGCGAAUGGACAGAGGGAAACUGUUUCAAUGCCAUGGGAACGCAUUUCUGGUACAGGACGAGUGUGGACAUGGACUGUGACGACUUCUUCCCCAUGUUUCUUCUGUACAAUGGAGGCGUUCUCGACGGAUUUGGCUGGGCUUACGCGAUUAACCUUCAAACAUCGAGUCGCUUUGAACAUCCCAAUUCGUCUGUCUUUCCACUAUUUUUUUCGGAAGUGCCAGCAUGUCUGUCGACCUUGGGAACCUUGACAACGAUGCAUAUUUACCUCACAGACGACGCCGAGACGGCUUUGUGCUAA